GCGAACACACACGACAGUGCACGGAUAUAAACCGGGUUGGUUAUUUAGUGCCGCGUUUCUACCCGUUUUUGACGCUACUUUACAUCUCUAGUUAUACAAAUGCCGAGGCUACCAAAAGUUCCCAAGGAAAAGAUUGUUCAAAUCAUUUUAGAGAGAAAAUCCGAAGUAGUGAAAGAUGGCAGAAUCGCUGUGCCAUCAGAUAAAGUGUGGAGAGAACUUAGUCAAAACCUGAAUGGUGUUAUAUCCCCCAAGGCUCUUUACACAUUAGUGAAAAGAAAUGGGUAUAAUGUCUGCCAGGACCUUGGUGUGGAAUAUGUGCAGACAAAACAGGAGCCUGACCAGGAAGAAUCGGAUGAAACAGAUGACAGCAGCGGGGAAGAAUAUUUUGAGGGAGCUGAGACCACCAUGGAUGACUACUUGCAAACUUCUGCUGAAGAUUUAUCCAAACUGGUGAGCUGGGCACACAGCCAUGGUACCAUCUGCACUGUCAUUCCUGGGCUAAAGCACUUGCUGAGUGGGGGGUCCCAUGGCCACCUUACAGCCAUGUGGGGGUGCAGCGCAGGGCACGCCUACCACUGGACGUUGACGGCUGCUUGUGGCUCCAGGUCGAAGGAGUCUGUUUCCGAGCAGGACGGCCACCAUGGGGCCGCAUCUGGCAUGCCGCCUGGCUCUGGGGAAAGGAUUUUGGGCAGGGCCUCCAAAGUGGAAACUCACUGUGUGCAAGUGAGUGAAUCCUGUGACAUUUCGAACUGCAGCGACCCGUCCGAGAUGGACGACAACACCGAGGAGUACAGCAGCACGCUCCUCGACGCGGCCUGCGAGUCCUCGGCGACGGAUGAAGAUGGCGAUUACGAGCGUCAGCUGCGUUAUACGGCCAGAAAGAGGGGAAGCUGUAAGCUGUCACAGGGGCAGGCAGGCUUCCAAAGGUCGGAGGAGGGACUGUGGGAUUCGGGGGUGAAGAAAAUUAAGCAAGAGAUGCCUGAGGACUAUUACACUGUGCUGGGUGCCCAGCUGACUGGGUCUUGUGACAGCGGCCCUUCAUCGCUUUCUGUGUCCCGGUUGGGCCGACAGGUUGCCCUGCCCCAUCCACCAGGGAUGACGUCCCGUCUGCACAUGGGUGGUCACAAACCCCCCGUCACCGAUCCGAACGCAGAGUCCCCUCCGCAUUCGCCCCUCCCUACGUCUGCAGCCAAAGCCCUUUGCGGGUCGGCCCCGUGUGGACAAAGUAGGUUGCUGGGGAACGUUGCAUCUCCUAGCCCGGUGGAUGCUCUCCAGAGGCUGGACCCAGGCCCCAGUUCGGGAUGCAGUGAGGCAGCACAUAGCCCCCUCGCGGCCAUGCAGCUGGGAGGUCACGCAGAGCUGAUGGAGACUGUGUCCAGUGAGGACCUGAUGAAGUGCGAUGGUGCCUCCCUGCCAUAUGGAGAUGCUGAGCCCUCCUCAGCCACCUCCAACCCGGAGCUGGACGUGAGCGGGGAGCCCAGCGCAGAAACUUCCGGUUCUCCUACUCUGUUUGAAAUAGAGAAACUCAAAGUGUUGUUACAAGCAGAAAAAAAGAAAAGUGAACUGAUGGAAGAGACCAUAAAAGGUCUUAAACAGGACAAAACGCUGCUCCAGCAGGAAUUGACCAAAAAGGCGGAGUUAAUCUGUGACUUCCUCCAAGAUCAGCUGAGUCAUCGUCCAGAAAAGCGAAGGCCUCAUGUUCCCAGCCAGCCGGAGCCCAGCGGCUCCAGCCAGCACAGCGGCGUCUUCCCCGACGAGUCGGUGUCGUUCGAGUCGCCCGUGCUUUUCGAUUCCUUCGACGAGAUGGAUAUGCGUGCCGGUGAACGACAGAAGACCAUCAAGAGCUCAAGGAAAAGUAGGGAAGGGGAAAAUACUCGUGUUCGAAUGAAGAACGUAGUGGGUGUCAUCGCAAGGUACAUGACUGCGCUUCAGGAGUUCCGACGCAGCGUUUCCAUGAGAGUCGCCUUUGACAGGGUUGGCGUGGAUCGUAAUACCAUCUCCAGAACUGCCGCCAUUGCCGAGCUGAGCUUGGCCGCCCCAGAGGUCUUCCACUCUCUGGCCCCCUGGGACGAAAAGGAGGAGACACUGGCUCACUAUGCCAUACGGUGUCGACAGGCCAUGGACGACAACAUAAAAGCUAAGAUUAAAGUUAUGAAGGCUAAUGGAGACCUUCUGCCCAUUGUCAGUAAAUGAAUGCACUCUGUACCCUCCAUUUUUGUUUUAACGCAUGCUAUAAAAUUUCUAGUGCCUAUUUUUAUUGCUAUAUUGUAAUUUUUAAAACAGUAAUGUGAAUUUUAUAGCAAUAAAAUUAGUCCUUAUAGAUUGGUUUCUCAUAAUGUCAUUACUUCAUUUAAAUUGUAAUGCUGUUUUUCCUCACUCCAAAAUUGGAUGGACUGUGACCUGAAAAUGUUUAGUGCAUUUUGUCAAAUGGUCAGUUACAUGGCAUCAGGGGCAGUCUGGCUGUUUGGAAGAUCGGGAAUUUUCCCAGUGGGCUGGACUUUAUACCCCAACCCCAGCAUUAUAUUCUCUCUAUAGCAGGGGUAGCCAAUCUUAUCCGCAAAGGGCUGGUGUGUAUGCGGAUAUGAUUGACUACCCCUGCUCUAUAACGUAGCAGGGGAGCCCAACCUCUCAGCCGAUCAAUGUGUGUUUGCAGGUCGAUGGCAGGAGAUAAUUAAUGAAUAAUACUUUCUCAUUGGUGGCCCCUGGUUGAUCAUGAUUGGCAAAACAUACCAUGGGAACCCCCCUCCCCAGCCCACCCUGCCUGAGUGCCUGGCAUGUUACUCACAGUACGAAAUGCUUUCACUCGUCUGACCACGUCAUUUUAAAAGCUGUUUUUCCUCAGACUACCACCACUAAAGAAAGGAGUGUCAUAGAUUUGUUUCGUAGUUAUUUGCAUCUAUGUCCUUUUGUAAAGCGCAAAACAUUAAAGCGUAUUCCAAGCAUUAGGUGUGCGUGUGCAUAUUCAGAUGAUGUGUAGCCAUGUCAGUGAUUGUAAAAGCAGCGUUUAUCCAAUAGGACCGCAUCCGGAAACAAAGUCAGACACAAUGUGCAGCCUAUUCUGCUCCAGGAUCUGAUUUCAUAUCGAAACUACUGCCGUCCAGUUUCCUCAUGCUCAGCCAUAGAAGAUGAACCCCCUCCAUUUAUAUUUAAUUGACAGCUGAACUAAGUGAGCCAGAUGGCUUAUUACUGUAUCGUGUAACAGGAUGCUGACAUCUUACUUUGCUUCUGUCCUGUCUGCAGUAACACACUGCCUGCCUGUACUUCAUGGUGGAAUCUAUUGGUGCUUUAAAGAAUAUAUUCACUUUGACACCUUAACUGCCAGAAGAGCUCAUUUUGCCUUCUUUACAGUAGGGCUUCCCAGGCUUUUGUUAUCCGCAGACCAGUUUGUCAGUAAAACAGUCGGGGGUGUAA